UGUUUUCAUUCAAUAAUCAAAUGUCAACGUCAGCUGUAGGAUCAAUGUCAGAAUCAGAAAAAAGAAAACAAUUUGGUUAAACUUUAAAUUAAAAAAAGCUUAUGAACUCUUCAAAUUUUUAAGAUAGUUAUGAAUGGUUUAAAAAUAUUUCUUUCACUUUUUCUUUUAAUAGGUGUUUUGAUUGGUAAAAUACAUAAUGAACAAAUUCUGGACAAUUUAGAAACUACAGAGCAGCCCCAAGCUAUUGACGAAACACUAAACAAUGUCGAAGCUACUACUGAUAUACCCACUACAGAUAAUAAAGAGGUUAGUGAAGUACCAGAACCUGUAACAGACAAUGGGGAUGUCAGUGAAGAAUCACUUGCAGUAAAAGAAGAACUUACUAACGAAUUUCCUGUCCAAAAUUCUACAGCAAAUUCAACAGAAGUGGUUAAUAAAACACAAAGAUUUGUACAAUGUUUGCCAGCUAUGGGAGACAUCGAAGUACAGCUAACGAACGACACAGAGCUCAUAAAACUGUUACAGCCUGAUCCCAAAGUAACCAGCAGAGAUGCUCCUGCGAUGUGUGUUGCCGUAUUAUUCUAUUCAAAGUAUUGCCCGUUUUCUACAUUAGCAGCACCACACUUUAACGCCCUACCCAGAGUAUUUCCAGACAUAAAAAUGGUGGCUAUAAACGCUAUGAUGUAUCAUCUCUUUAACACUCAGAAUGGUAUUGUAGGUGUACCAUCACUGCUAUUGUUCCAUAACGGCAGAUCCGUUGGGAAAUUCAACCAUUCAGAAUAUACUCUUGAAAAGUUUUCGCAGUUCAUUUUGAAACAUACAGGUAUUUCCCCAGUAGAGAGUGUAGCUGUAACGUCAUCCGAUUUCGCAGGACCAGUUGUUAAUGUUCCUGCCAGGGACUAUGAUUUGUUUUUGAUACUUUCUUGGUUGUUUAUCUUGUUGUGUGGGGGUUAUUCCUUCACGAAAUCAUCGUGGUGGAAGUGGAUAAUUGAAACGGUUCAGAGUAAUUGGAGGGAAUCGGAAGUACAUGCACAGCAUGAACAUAUGGAGUAAAUAAUUGUGAUUUUUUGGUGUGGUUGAUGUAUUUAUUGUACAGUAAAUAGUUUUGUUAUAUAUUUUAGAUUUUUUUAUUGUCUUACAAAUCGUAUGCCCUUAAUAAAGUGAUAAGAUUUUA